AGCACGGCCCGUCUGUCCUCUGUCCUCACAUGAAGACAGAGACUGAGAGACGGCCUCAGCAGCUCAGGAGAGAAACCACAGAGCAGAGGAAGAGGGCGGGCUUCAAUGACUGUGUUGAACAGCGGGCAGCAGGCUGACUGUGAGAGCGGACACCAUGGAGGACAGACGUCUGCUGGCUCUGACCUCUCUGAUCGUCUACACAGCAACGCUUCCAGCGUUCUCAGCAGGUCUGACUGUGAGUCCCAGCAGAUCUCAGUUCCUUAAGAGAGACUCAGUGUCUCUGAGCUGUGAGGAGGACGGAUGGACAGUUUGGAGGAAGACCAGCAGGAGACAGAGGAGUUCAUGUGGAGACGGGUGGGGGAAACCUGCUGGUUCCCCCUGUAACAUCAGCCACAUGAUGACGAAAGACACUGGAGUUUACUGGUGUGAGUCCAGAGAGGGAGCAGCUGGAAGCAGCAUCGACAUCACUGUAGCUGAUACAGUGGUCCUCCAGAGUCCAGUCCUCCCUGUGAUGGAGGGACAGGACGUCACUCUGGGUUGUAGAACCAGCGCUCCCUCCACCCUCUCAGCUGAGUUCUUUAAAGACGGCGUCUCCAUCGGGACCGAGUCCACAGGUCACAUGACCCUCCGCCAUGUUUCCCGCUCUGCUGAAGGCCUCUACAGGUGUAGCUUCAGAGGUGUUGGAGAGUCUCCACCCAGCUGGAUCUCUGUCUCAGCAGGAACCCUGAAGGCGCGGCAGCAGAACCUGAAGUCACCUACAGUGACGUCAACAUCCUGCAGCGUCAGCAGCAGCCGGUCAGACGGAGCAGAGAUGUGGAUCCAGUGUAUUCAGAUGUCAGAGUUCCAGAUGUUUCUUACGGACAAAUAGUCAUCAAAGAGAAACGAAGCCGAGGGAAGAAGUCAGAUGUGGAUCCAGUGUAUUCAGAUGUCAGAGUUCCAGAUGUUUCUUACGGAGAAAUAGUCUUCAAAGAGAAACGAAGCCGAGGGAAGAAGUCAG